AUGUCGGAGCCCGAUUUGCUGCACCACUAUAAAGUGCUCAAGCAGUUCCUCGACAUUCUGGACGACCUGGGCCAGAGAGCGAAGAGCACAAGCUCCAGAGCCAUGAGAGCGAGGGAGAAGCUCCUCAAGUUGCUGAGUGCCCAGUUCCGUGAGUUGAGCACAGACGUGUACGAUGAGUUGAAACGAAGAAUCGACGAGUCCAGGGCAGAGCCCGACUUUUUGCUUCCAAAACUGACGUUCCACCCAAAACGUAACCAGGCGAGACAAAAGCUCUCCCUGUUGCCUCAAACAAGGUUCAAGGACUUGGUGCUGGACAUCAGCUAUGAGAUCUCCCGCAGAAACUUGCACAUUCCCAGUGAUUCGACGGGAAGCGUUUCUGGUCAAGGCCAGGGUCCUCAAUCGCCAGUCUCAUACGUUCACCAAAAGACCCCCUCGCACGCUUACUCGCAGUCGCUGUAUCAACAGCACUCCAAAGGAGGAUCCAUCGCGGAAAGUGCCGAUUUGAAUCGUGUGGCCGAUGAGGACAUCUCUCAUCUGACGGUGAAUGACACACCAAGGGAGGCGCCUGACGAUUCUAUUGACGAUCUGCAAGUGUCCCACGAAGACACCUCCAAGCAGACCAUUGCCGUGCAGCCCACGACUGUUAUUCCUACAAAGGCCAAUUUGACGUGGUCGAGUGACGAGGAGGACGAAGAUGAGUCGAAGGAGGUGCAGCAGCCAGCCCAGAGAGAAGUGGUUGAACACAGUAAUGGCAGUAGAUCGCUUGACGUCGAGAUCGACGAGCUUAAGCGCUCACUCCAGGCGUCCGAGGAACGCGCAGAGCAGCUUGAGAAGACCAACGAGGACCUCAAGACGAAUUUGGCAACUACGCUCUCGCAGAAAGAUGCUCUUGAGGCUGAACACAAGCAGCAUCUUGCCAAGAGCGCCAAUUCGGUUGAUCCAAAGGAGCUCAGUGCCCUCCGGGACGAGCUCGAGAGCUUAAAGUCAUCCAGUGCUGCAUUGAGACUUGAGAAUCAGGCGUUGAAGAAUAAGCACUGGAAGGACUCGAGGCAUCAGUCUAGAGACCUCGCCAAUUUAUCGAGAGAAGACUCGCUGUCCAGUCACCUUAAUAGUUCGCCAGGCCAUCAAGGCCCUCGUUCUCACUCAGGUUCAUUGACCCAGGCAGUGGAAGCAGUCUCAAGAUCUCAGAUCAGUGGCUCUCCGAAUCAGUCUCCUCCCAGAUCAGCUGCUCUCCCAACGUCUACUACGGACAUGAGUGUCAACGAAGAGUUGAAAAAGCUUCACGACAAAUUGCAAUCCAUGGAUGCAUCUCAUGUGCCUGUUUCAGUCUCCAAGAAAGAGCAGCUUUUACGUACUGAGGUUGCAAAAUGGCAGCAAAGAUACCAGGAAUCCCAAGCAGGUAUUAUCAAGAAAAAUAUUCUCUCAUCUGAACCUCGGUUGAGGCAGAAUGUAUCUCCAGAUGGCGUAAUACCGUUGAAGCUGGCGGCUCAGUUCUUUGCCGCCAUAGAGACAUUUAUCACCAGCGUUUAUGAUGACGACUCUGAUCAGGACGUCCUUUUUGAGAAGAUGUCACACGUUGCAUGCCUAGCAAACAAGCUUGCACUCGCCAGCGAUAGGAGUUCCUCGUAUGAGCACGAGCACCUAGCUACAAAUGUGAGAGAAGCUGCCAGCCACUCCUUGACUGCUACGAGAUACUAUGGCUCUAAUAGUAAGCUUUUACCUCGAGUUCUUGUUGAAAGGUCAGUUGACGAACUCGCCUUCACUGUAUGCGAUCUUGUGUCUGCUUGCAAGCUCAAUGAUGGUAAUGGUGAUGGUGAACUUACCCAAGCAAGUCAAAUCAACCAAAGCCAGGUCCAGGAAUCCAACGAUGCCAUACGACCACUCAAAAUUGGCAAGUCAACGAAUCUCAGUCCUCCGGCUGGUAAGGAUAGGUCUGCAAACUCUCGUGGCGUGAGCCCAAUGGAGGACUAUUCUACCCCAAGGCUGCACACUCUUUCGAAGGAGUCUCUUAAACCUGUCAAGAAUGAGACGCACGUUGAUACCCCUAGCCCAGCCCGGAUUCUUCCUGGAUCUUUGCCGAUGGGUGAGUCCAGUGACCAGGUCGACAAGGAACCCCAGGAGGAGGAACCUGUGAAGAAGUUGUCUAUGUUCGAAAGACUAGCACGUUCCAGAGCAGAGGAAACUAAGCCCGCAACACCCGAAAAGGAGAAGAAGUCAAUUGACCUGGACAAAUCAAAUGGUGUGGCCAAAGCUGGCGCAGCAGUUGCAGCAACUGGCGCAGCAGCGACAGCAGCUACGUCAGCGACGCCAGCAACGGAGUCUUUAUCUGCCGAGAGCAAAGAUCGUUCUUUGACCGAACUCAACAAAAAAUCGAACGCGGUGUUUGAAUCGGAUAAAGCAAAUGCCGAUGUGAAGCCUGAUUUUGAAAAGAACCCGUCUCAAAACAAGGAGAACUUAGCUCCUUCAACUCCACAUUCUGCCUCACGCGUCAAUAUCUUAGACAAAGUCAGACAGUUUGAGAGCCCCGAAGAGAACUCCAGUAACAAAGUGUCAUCAAAAACGAAAUCUCCCUCUCUGAUGUCUGUGAAGAACGCAAAGGAAUUGUUAUCGAAGGACGCAAGCGCAGCAAGUAGCCCCAAUCAGCUGAGUCCAGCUAGUCAAAAAACAGCUGAGAACACCCCAACUAGAAGCAGAAGUCUUUUCCAGACUCUUAGAAAUAAAUUCGCCGGAGAACCGAAGGAUGAGGAGGAUAAGACAACACCACUUAAAAAUGAGAGGAAGAAGGAAACGAGCGAGGAUGUCAAGCCAUCUGAAGCUGUGGAGCCAUAUGAAUCUGUCAAGUCCAAGCUGAUUGAUGCCAAUCAACCAGAAAAUGCAGCGAAGCCCGAGUUGAAGGAAACCACUGAUCAUUUCACCGAUGAGAGCGUGCUGAAGGCUACAGGCGCCGAGACAGCUUCAAAGGCUGCUGUCGGCCUUACUGCCGGAGCUGCUUCUUUUGCUGGUGCCAAGAAGGCUGCUGAGAGCAUCAAGAAGCUUGAAGAGAAGCCAACUGAGAGCAUCAAGAGGCACGAUGAGAAGAUAGGUGAGGGCAUCAAGAAGGUCGAAGAGAAGCCAACUGUUGACGAAACACCCAAGGUUGACCGAGACCUCGAUACUAAGAAAGAGCAGGUUCCAGCGGGCUCAUCAACCGGCUCUUCUGAGAAAGGGGAGGUUGGGUUGAAACAAAAACCUUCAUUAAAAUCACUCUCUAGUAAGUCACCCUCUUUCAAGGUGAAGAAGGUAAACUAUUCAGAGAAGAAGGAGGAAGAAUCAGAGGAGGAGAGUGACUACGAUGAACAGGAGGAAGAGGCUAGACAACGGCAGGAAUAUAGAAAGUCGAUGGCAGCAGCUACAUUCAAUUUCGACUUGUUCGAUAUUGACGACCCAGACAACACGUUAACCCAAGUGUUACUUUAUUUAGAGCAUCAGACUGUCCAAGUGAUUUCCACAAUCCAAGACUUACUUACCGCUAUAAAAAAACCUGACGCAACUAGGGGUGAAUUGAGAGAAAAUUCCAAGGCCAUUUCUGAAGUGAUCAGGCAGAUGGCAGAAGCUACCAAAACUUCUAUGAACCAAACGCGUAACUACCAGUUGAAGGAGCAUGGCUCGUGGGUGGUUACGAGUUUGGAGGACUGCAACCACCGUAUGAACAACCUUUGCAGACCCAACGCUGACAAGAGCGACGAAGAAUUUGCAGACAAAAACUUCAAGCAGCGUCUUGCUGGAAUUUCGUUUGAUAUUGCCAAGUGCACUAAGGAGUUGGUGAAAACGGUCGAAGAGGCCAGUUUGAAGGAGGAUAUUGCCCAACUCGACGCCAGACUCAAUCAACCCGAUGACGACUUGACGUGA